AUGGACAAUUUAGAUAGUGUUGAAUUUGUAUCUCUUGCUCUAGAUUCAAAUAAGAAACCCUUGUUAUUUAUUGAUCUACACGUCCAAAAAUUCCCGGCAGAACCCCUCAAGACCCUCAUUGACUCAGGAGCCACCUCAAACUUUAUCUCCCCUUCAAUUGUGGAAAAAUAUAAAAUUCCAAAAACCCAACUCGAAAAUCCACAAGUUGUGAGAAUGUUAGAUGGUACUAUCUCUCAGACUGGUUGCAUUUGGCACCAGGUUCACCUCACCGUCUUGGCCAAUGGCCACACCCACUCCAUCCCUUUUCUUGUUUGCCCCAUUGGCAACACCCCGGCAAUCCUAGGCAUGACAUGGUUAACGGCAGAAGCUCCUCUUAUUGAUUGGCAACAGGGACUAGUCACAUUCCCUGAACAAGUUCAAAUUGCCUCCAAGGAAGAAGCGGACUCAGACCCUUUAGCAGACCUCCCCCCUCAGUACCAUGAGUUUGCUAAGGUUUUUGGCAAAGAAGAAUUUAAGGUCCUCCCUCCACAUAGGGAGUAUGACAUCUCUAUAGACCUUGUCCCAGACGCCAAACUGUCUCCUGGUGUUGUAAAUUGGGGGAAAAGAGGUUGA